CACAAAGUGACGAGGAGGAGGAGCAGAAACCACAAAUUUACACCCGACGAGGCUGCAUCAGGUGAGAAAUGAAAUGACGGCAUUCCUACGUCAAGUGCGUUCCCCUCCGACCUCCUUCGUCCAGACGGUGGCGUCCCUCUGCCUGGCCGCCAUGGCGCUGCUGUCCUCCUACUGGUGUGUGGGCAGGCAGAAGGUGCCCAAGCCGCUGUGUUCGCCCGUCAAGCACAACAAAUGCAUCCCCGUCCCCGGCGUGUCCAACUCCUCCAGCAUCCAGUUCUCCUGGGAGACCGGAGACGACCGCUUCGUCUUCCCCACCUUCCACACCGGCCUCUUCCUCAUCUGCGAGGAGAACAUCUACACGGACGCUUGGGAGGAGAAAUGUCGAGGGUUCCACACGCUGACUCCAGGAUCAGAAAAAGCAAUGAUGUGGCUGUCGCUGUCCUUGGAGCUGAUGUACGUGGGCCUGCUGCUGGUCAGCUGCACCCUGCUGUCCGUGCAGUUGUGCAUCAGGGCCUGGUGGCCCUCCACGCAGCGCUGGGGCCAGCUGCUCAACGCCUUCGCUGCCGUCUUCACCGUCCUAGGAGGUCUGCUCGGAAUGGUGGGUCACAUGAUGUUCAUGCAGGUGUUCCAGACUACAGUCUCCAUGGGCCCUGAGGACUUUAAACCACACAGUUAUGGCUACUCCUGGGCCUUUUAUGUGGCCUGGUUGGCCUUCACUGUCUGCAUGUCGGCCGGCGUCUCCACCCUGAACGACUACACCAAGAAGGUGCUGAUGGUGGGUCCCAGGCUUAACUACGGCCUGAACCCCUUUAACUUCCACUUCAUGGGACUUCUUCCACCGGCUCCUUCUUACACCGCCCCAUACUCUGGCAUCCACCAGUCCCAAUACCAGAUCUCCCACUUGUCCCCGUACUACGCACCCCCAUCAACCAAGAUACCGCCGCCUGCCAAGACCUCACAUUCCAGCCCUGUACGCCACUCUGUGUCCUUCCCUCCUCCGUCCUCCCACCCUGUAUCCGCCUCUCCUUUACAUCGGUUGUCUCUCCGAUCUUUGUCCCACUCGACCAGCUCGCCUGUUGUUGUCCACGGACUCCUGGCGGCCCCCCUUUAUACACCAGAGCAGGACUGCAGCCCUCUUUAACCUUUUUAACUCCAGCUCUUCUUGGUACGGUUUGUUUUGUCAAGUGUGAACGUUGUUGUACAACUUCGGGGUUGGAACGCUGUCCAACCUUGGUUAUUUGUUGGUAUCCAAAGGAAAUUAAUUAUCUGUUGUUUUCCUAAUCCCAUUAAAACUGAUUGGUCUCGAUGUUUCCCUAUUGUUUUCAUGUGGUUUUUUUGCCUUUUGGUUGGGGACCCUUUGGGACUGCGUGACAAGGGGUGGCACUGUCGUGACUUCUGCUGUGCUUUUUUGUGAACAUUUGGAUCUGCCUCCCGGGGGUCUUUUGGCCAUGGAGACCAGCUGCUGAGUCUCUGCCACACCAGAGUCUGUUUGGAGAGACUGAAGGAGAUGCGGAUGAAAGAGACAGGGCUGCGGAGCUGGCGCUGAGCGCUGGGACGGACAAGCUUCACAGGGUCUUGGCUGAAUAUCAGACACCUCGGUCUCCUUGGACGUAUCCUCGCUCAUCCGUGCGGACUGGACACUGGCAGAGAGUUGGUGGGCGGCCGAGGGUGGAGUCGACUCUCUUGGUUGCUUUGCUCCUGUCUCUGUCCAUGCUCCCCCCACCCCAGCAGACGAUGGCGUGGAACACCGCAGAGGCCACCACAGUGUAUAUGUUUUUGUUGUUGUUGUUUAACUUUUGUGGCUGUGUGUAGAAGUGGCUGGUUGCAUCAGCUCUGCUCUUUUAAUGUCUUUAACAUCCUUUGUGUUCUUUGAUGUUUCCCUUGC